AUGGCAGGCGACGACAACUUAUUACCGGCUUCAUCCUCAAGCAGAGUCGAGGAACCCCUCAGGAACACAUCAGAUACGCGGAGCAUAAUAGCACCACAGGAGUGCACUCAGAUAAAAUCUGAUGCUUUCUUCGACAUUCUGCCUCCAUCAGUUGCUGUCAACACGUUGGCAACAUCGCUGCCUAUUGAUCAACAACUUGUGUCCUCUACUGAGCCAGAGAAUGACCUGUUCUCGACCCCUUCUCAAGCUCAGCAUAAAACUAGACUCUCACCAACAGCCUCUGCGUUCAACCCAUAUGCGGGUAGCUCAAGGGCUUUGGAAGAGACUACUCCAAUUGCUGCUGCCCUUAGCGCCGAAUUAGGCUUGUCCAGAUGCUUGAGGUUAUCGUCAGAAGAGCCAAGCACGGCACAGGAUAUCAAACGCUGGCUGGACGAUCUUGAAUUACACGGCCAUAAGUUCCAUGGACGUAACAGUGUCACUGCUGACGCGAAUAAAGCAUACAUUCAUUUCAACGACAUCAGGGAUGCUUGCUCUACUUUGACAACCAUUCUGCUAUCCGUUCAACGCUGGAAGGUCGAAUACUGUCGAUCUUCUCCUAUGGAUCAGAAGAUUGUGGAUUCCUUUACUGGACAAAUACUGCUCGUUGCUACACCCGCGUCGUGUAACUCUAAUGUCGAUCAAACAGUUCGUAUAGCCCGCAAUUUCCUCCAUUCUUAUGGUCAGCUGUUCGCCUUUAUCAGGGUUUCGAAUUCAUCAACACGCUCUCUCAGGGCAAUAGCAGAAUUCUGUGACAUUGCCCACUGUAUGAAAAUACUUUCGAACUGCACUCAUGUGACAACUCCCGAGGGGGUUCGCUUGGUAAUCUCGCCAUAUGGAUUCUGCCAGGAUUUUGCCAACAGAACACCUAUAUCGGACACAUAUCAUAGCGUGAGGAGAAACACUCUGGGUUAUCCGCAAUCAGACGUUUUCUCCGCCAUUUCGUCUACCACCACUUCCGAGGAACGUGUCAAGCAACCACUAACAAUGUAUCCGCUGAUGUUUCAAUCACCACUCCUUGCCAAUAAUGCCACGCGGAUCACAAGAUCUGCACACUUAAGUCUCACUAAUAACCACAAUUUCGUUGAUGUUAUGCGCAUUCGUGAGGGAAUCGACGUUAGGACAACAAUUAUGCUCCGAAAUAUUCCGAAUAAGGUCGAUCAGUCUAUGUUGAAAAGUAUUAUAGACGAGUCAAGCUGGGGCAAAUAUGACUUCAUGUAUUUGCGUAUCGACUUCGCGAACGAUUGCAAUGUGGGCUAUGCAUUCAUCAAUUUUGUGGAUCCAUUAGACAUUAUCUAUUUUGUAGAGACCAGAGCCAAUCAGAGAUGGAACUGCUUCAAAAGUGAUAAGGUUGCCGAGAUAUCGUACGCAACUAUUCAAGGUAAAGAUUGCUUGGUGCAAAAGUUCAGGAACAGUUCUGUGAUGCUCGAAGCGCCGCACUACCGUCCAAAGCUCUAUUAUACUAGCAAUGGGCCGAGGCCUGGCCUGGCAGGGCAAGAAGAACCAUUUCCUGACCCGGAUAAUCAAUCAAAGAUGAAGAGGAGUUGCGAGAAUGCGGAGCAUGUCGGACUGUUCACGCCAAACGCGGGACAACAUUAUCGAGAUGAACAGCGUCGCAGGCGAUCUCAAUACGAUCGUGGGACGCGACUUGCAGCCCUGGAAGAGUACGACUAUGAUGCUGGAGUGCAGACUUUGUACAAUUCACCGCUAUAA